AUGGGAAACGAAGGCGACACCUAUGUCAUCAAGGGCAUCAAAGCAGGUGUCACUGACACCACCGUGCCCCUUCGCCUCGAGGCAGACAGCUGGUACCCAGGCAAGACCUUGGAGCACUUGAUUCAGAACAGUCUGUUCAUCUGGGCCCUCAAAAUCUUCCAGGAAAGAGACCCUACGGGAAAGCUCUCGUUCUUCCAGAUUGCCGGCAUCCACGGAUAUCCCUACCAGCCGUGGGAUGAAGAAGACUACACGGCAGCCACGGGCGGGAUGGGAUACUGCACCCACGAUAGCCUCCUGUUCCCGUGCUGGCACCGUCCAUACGCAUAUGCUUCUCUACGAGAGGUCAUCUCCCAGGUCCCUGAGAGCAAGCGGGAACAAUGGAAGAGUGCUGCCGGUACCUGGCGUUUCCCUUAUUGGGACUGGGCCCAGAAGAAGACUCGACCAGACAAGGCUGACCCGCAAAAGGAUACACUGGUCUACGACAUCCCUCUCAUUGCCAAGAAAUCCCAGAUUCAGGUGAUAGACUACAAGAAGGCUGACAUUGCCUAUGUUGUCACAAUUGACAACCCCAUGUACAGGUUCAAUAUGCCUGGCAAAGCGCAGAUGGGUUCGUUUGGCAUCAAUGAUGUGCGGCACAUCAACGCCGAGAACCGACUGUUCACGGUUCCCAAAACUGACGUCUCCUCCAGUUCUCCAAGUGCCGCAGCACAUCCCGCUGGGCGAGAUUCGAACCCCAGGCGGGAUCAGUCUCCACACCCGUGGUACAACCACAACGCUGACGGCGUACCACUUGCCGAGAUGGUCUACCGGCUGUAUGAGCCCGACUACAUGACUUCGUUUGCCCAGUUCGCCACGACCAGAGUUCCCAAGGGCGAGAAGCGGGACCCCAAGGCAUAUCUGAACCUGGAAUUCCUCCAUAACAACAUACAUAACUGGACUGGUGGGUUCGGCACUUUCAUGGGCCACAUGACCGAGGUCCCAGUUGCCGGGUUUGACCCAAUCUUCUUUAUGCAUCACUGCAAUAUCGACAGACAGUUUGCCAUCUGGCAGGCUCUCAACGAGAACAACCCAAAUAACUGGUUCGAUCAUCUGGAAGAGCCGUACGAUGAUGACGGGACAUGGAAUAUUUCGCCCCAGACCAUCGUCACGCUCCAGACACCCCUGGCACCAUUCCACAAGAACCGUCAAGGGGAUUGCUUUGUCUCGGAUGACAUCAGAAACUGGAUGUCGCUGGGAUAUUCGUACCCCGAGCUACAGCCCUGGCUCGACAAGUACAAGACGGCAGGGCAAUUUGACGAGGCAAAGUACAUGGAGGACAUCAGAAACCAGCUGAAGACGUUAUAUCAGACCUCGAUGUCGCCCUCCGUCUCGGGAUGGUUUGAUGACUCGUUGAAGUCUGACAUCAUUGUCAACGUCCAAUAUGACCGCUUCGCCUUCGACGGUCUACCGUACACGAUCUACUUCUUUCUGGGCGAGAAGGACACGUUCGACACAUUCUCGGGCCCACCACACAAGCAACCUCAACAUGUCGGAUUCGUCUACACGUUCAGCAACCCCGCUUUUGGGGUUCGUGCUGGAGGCGGAGGAUGCAAGAAGUGCCUCGUCAAAUCCCGAGAGGGCACACUCUCCCGCGCCCAGAUCCCGCUGACCGCUACCUUGGUUGCUCGCUCGCGCACCAAGACAUGGGCCAAUGCGGAGGCCGGGGAGGGACCACUAGAAGGGAUCCACGCGCUGGCUAACCUCGAAAAACACGAAGUAGGCAAGUAUCUGGAAAAGUUUCUGCACUGGAGAGUCAAAUCGGCAAGCGGUGCGGACAUUGAGAUCCCUGACGAGGAACCAUUCGUGGAGGUGACGGUUCACUACCGUGGUGCCCGCUUUGACGAUCACGAGUCUGAUGCGGAGUAUGUGCCCCUGGAGAGGGCUACGCAGGCCAAGCAGGGCGGUUACAUGUACAAGGGGAGUUCUGCUGGCGCGACUGAGAGCCUGAGUUUACCAAUGCGGUAA